AUGAAUAUUACAAAUUUAUUAACUGAUGAAUUCGAUGAAUGCGAAAACAAAUGGGAAGAAGAAAUAAGAUUAGAACCGGAUUGUUUUGUAAAUGGUGCGUUAGCAUUCCGGUUAGGUGGAAGCAAAACACGUGGUGCCUUCAUACAGCACGUAAAUCAAAAAUCAAAGCAGUCAAAAAUCCUUCACAAAGGUGAUCAAAUACUGAAAGUGAAUGGCGUUGACGUACGACGUUUGACGUGUGAUCAAAUUGUUAAUAUACUUCGAGUAGCAGUAUAUAGUAAUGGUCAUGCAUUAGUGCAGGUUAGCCGUCAAAUACGGUGCAAGGAUGAUGAUACUGUUAGUAAAGAUGAAAAUGGUAAUUUGCGUUAUUGUUAUCCGGUACACGAUAAUCUAGCAAUCGAUAAUAGCAAUACAACUCUACCGGUAUCGCUUUCCGAUAUAACCGGAUUGAGUCAAUCGGCAAUUUAUGCACGAGCGGUAACAUCCACCGUUCAUUGCUACAAAGAUUUAACUGGAAUUGAAUGUGCACAAUUGGUUUGCUUCAAUGAGGAGAAUGAACAGCAAUUUUCAUUGUGUAAACAACGGAGGAAAUUUUCAAUAUUUGGUUACAUUAAGCAAUUAUGUGAUAAUGAAAACGAUUAUGAAUAUGACGAGAACUGUGCUGAAUGCUCAAAAUGUUCCACUAAGUGGCGUUGGCAUGUUGUCAAACAUCGUUGGGCAACAAAUGCAAUGAAAUUUCUUCCGAAAUCUGCAUCUGAUUUCUUCGGAUUACGCAUUUACCAAAAAGCUUAUUAUAAUUUAAUUUAA